UUCUCCGCGUUUCACCAUAAAUCUCCUCCUCUAAAUACAUAACCAACCACUCUUCGUUUUAAAAAUCUUAUUCCCAAUUCCAUUAAAACUAAACAAACAAAACAAACAAACAACAGCAAAUAAACGCACAAACGAAGAAGAAUUAGCUUACGUGUUCACAUUUCUGAAUUACGCGCAAUCAAAAAGCAGAUUCGAAAAUUCUCCGGCCAAGUCGUCUUCCUCCUUCUAUAGAUCAAUCAUCAUCUCUCAAUCGGUCUCUGGCUUCCGAAAUCAUGCCAGAGAUCGAGAUUGUCGCCGACGCCGGCGAUAACAACAACACCGAAAACGCCUUGUUCGGCAAAUACGAGCUCGGGAAGCUUCUAGGAUGCGGAGCUUUCGCCAAGGUCUUUCACGCUCGCGAUCGCCGCUCCGGCCAGAGCGUCGCCGUCAAAAUCAUCAACAAGAAGAAACUCCUCGCGAACCCAGCUCUCGCCAACAACAUCAAACGCGAGAUCUCGAUCAUGCGCCGCUUGGCUCACCCAAACAUCGUCAGGCUCCACGAGGUGAUGGCGACGAAAGGGAAGAUCUUCUUCGCGAUGGAAUUCGUUAAAGGAGGAGAGCUUUUCGUUAAAAUCUCCAAACACGGACGUCUCAGCGAAGAUCUCAGCCGCAGGUAUUUCCAGCAAUUGAUCUCAGCCGUCGGUUACUGCCACGCACACGGCGUUUACCACCGAGAUCUCAAGCCGGAGAAUCUCUUGAUCGACGAGAACGGGAACCUCAAGGUAUCCGAUUUCGGUCUCAGCGCCUUGACGGAUCAGAUCCGACCCGACGGUCUCCUCCACACUUUGUGCGGCACGCCUGCUUACGUGGCACCGGAGAUUCUCUCCAAAAAGGGAUACGAAGGCGCGAAAGUCGAUGUCUGGUCCUGUGGGAUCAUCUUGUUCGUCCUCACCGCCGGUUAUUUGCCGUUCAACGAUCCGAAUUUGAUGAAUAUGUACAGGAAGAUUUACAAAGGGGAGUAUCGGUGUCCUCGAUGGAUGUCUCCAGAUCUGAAACGAUUAGUUUCUCGUCUCCUCGACAUCAAUCCAGAGACCAGGAUCACCAUUGAUGAGAUCCUUAAGGAUCCUUGGUUUGUGAAAGGAGGUGUUAAACAGAUCAAAUUCCACGACGAGAUCGAUCUCGCCAAGGGAGAUGAUAUCAAUUCCGAUAAGAGAGAAGGAGGAGAAUCAUCGGAAGCGGUGAAGAGUCUAAACGCGUUUGAUCUGAUAUCUUUCUCAUCGGGAUUAGAUCUCGCCGGAUUGUUUGCGAGCAAUUCGGUCGGGGAAUCGGAGAGGUUUCUCUCGGAGAAAUCGCCGGAAACGCUUUGGGAGGAAGUCGAGAGAUUCGCGAAGGCAGAGAAACUGAGUGCGAAGAAGAAGAAGAAGGAAGAAUACGGGUUCGAGAUUGAAGGGCAAAACGGGAAAUUCGUGAUUGGGGUUUAUCUCUCGAGGCUUAACGAUAUGCUCGUGGUGGUGGAGGCGAGGCGGAGAGGUGGCGACGCCGAUUGCUACAAGGAAAUGUGGAAUAACAAACUCAGGCUUAUACUUACCCGCGUUUGCGAUCAAACGCCAGUCGCUGCUAUUUAAUAAACGCUUCAUGCUUUCAAAUCAAACGCCAAUUGCCGCGGUUGGAUUGGCUGGAUUGAUUUGCGUUCUACUACAUUUUCUUAGAAUUAUUAUCACACAGAAAAAAAAAAACGAAAAAAAAAAAUUAUAUUAAACAUGUCUAUUUAAAUACUUUUCAGUAUCUAUAUUAUGCUUUUUGAUAAAAAUGUAUUACUCAAUAUGUACAACAAGUCUAAAUUGCAAUUGUUGAUACUUACUCUUUCCUAUAAAA